AAUUACAGCAUUAUUGUUAUUAUUUGCCUUUCAUACAUUUGGACACAAUGAGCAAUAGAGAAAGAUAUUGAUCUGCAAAAUAAUGCAGUUAAACAUGCAACAUAUUUGCCACUACAGCAAUUCCUCACAGAAUUGAACUUGCUAUAAUAAGCCACACACCUGCGUUUACUAUUAGCUAUUUCUGACUGAAUGGGAUUGCAGGUGACGUCACUCUUUAAAACUGACAUCACACAGUGGGUAGAGGAGCUGUGGGUUUCUAUAAAAGCAGUGACACCUAUGAGAUGUGCGUAAACUUAAGAGGUAAACCGCGAGUCCGUUCAUUAGGCUAAUUAUUUAGUGAAUCCAAGCACUUAUGAAAAAGCAAAGUGUAGACUUUCAGUUUGUGGAAGCACUUGUCAACCUAUCAGACAUGAAUGAUUCACUGCUGAACGUGGGUUUGAAUGUGUCAGAAGCCAACAGCUCGUCUCAUGCCUUGAGUCUGGACUAUCGCUCUCUCAUCACUUCGGCCACUAUGUUUGGCGUCGGGGUCCUCGGAAACCUCGUGGCGAUCGUGGUGCUUUGCAUCUCCAAAAAGGAGCAGAAGGAGACCACCUUCUACACUCUGGUGUGCGGGAUGGCCAUCACGGACUUGCUGGGCACCUGUUUCACCAGUCCGGUGGUCAUCGCCACAUACAUCGCGGGCAGGUGGCCAGGCGGAGCGCUCCUGUGCCAUUUCUUCUCCUUCUCUAUGCUGUUCUUCGGAUCGGCUGGCAUGUCUAUUCUGUGCGCAAUGUCAGUGGAGAGAUAUCUGGCCAUAAACCACGCGUACUUCUACUCGCAGCAUGUGGACCGGGCUAUGGCUCGGUUCGCGCUGAUGGCGACGUACCUGGCGAAUAUCGUGCUGUGCAUCUUGCCCAGUUUUGGUUUCGGAAAGCACACGAGACACUUUCCCGGAACUUGGUGCUUCAUGGACUGGCGCGCCAUGGACUCCGUCGGCGCUUCGUACACGUUUCUGUACGGAGGUUUCAUGCUGCUGUUGAUCGCCGUUACCGUCAUGUGUAAUUUUGCCGUGUGUCGUUCACUGGUCGGGAUGAGUAAAAUGAGUCGCAUGGUGAGGGCAGAGGUAUCCGGACACACAGGCUCCAGGCGCAGCUUCAGAUUAACAUCUGCAGCAGAGAUCCAGAUGUUCUGGCUGUAUAGGGUGCGCAUCUUUGUCAACCAGCUGUACGAUCCGGCUUACAUAUCAUCAGGCAAAAGUCCAGACUAUCGCAGUGAUCUCCUGGCCAUUAGAUUCGCCUCCUUCAACCCUAUCCUGGAUCCAUGGGUGUAUAUUCUGUGCAGGAAAAACCUAUUAACCAAGGGUUGCACACGACUCAAGCGUACUAUUAGACUGAGAAAAGGGGAUCAUAGUCGUGUUUUGGGUUGGAUGGAUGGUCAACACUCACCUCCGUCAUUUGCUCAAAGCAAUUGCACAAGUUAUGCGUCGUUGCGCACGGCCAUCUGUAGAAAUGACGUGGGUAAACAGACCACCACGGACACUAAAUCUUAUGUGGACUUAACCCUUCGCCAGGCAUGGGACUUUGAUACAGCUCUGGCUGAGUUUCAUCCCUUCAGCGUCGAGCAGAACGGUGUUAUGGGGUUUGAUGAAGAUGAAGGAGAAUCAAGCCCCACACUCCUUGCCAAGAAUGCUGUGGCACUACCAAACACUCAAAUAUUAGAAAAUAAGGCUGAAAUAGUAACCUGCACUUUCAGUACACCUAGUUCAUGUGUAUCAGAAAAGUGCCUGAGACAAUGA